UAUAUAUAAAAGCCCUAGAGAGAGAAAGAGAGUAAAGAGCUUGAAUCAAUCAAUAAUAUUGUGAACGGAUCUCUUCCAGAAUUUUGGAGUCCUGUCUUCAAGAAUGGGCCUGUGGGAAGGAUUUCUCAAUUGGCUUCGAAGCCUUUUCUUCAAGCAAGAAAUGGAACUUUCCUUGAUAGGGCUCCAGAAUGCAGGGAAGACUUCUCUUGUAAAUGUUGUAGCUACUGGCGGAUACAGUGAGGACAUGAUCCCUACAGUAGGAUUCAACAUGAGAAAAGUAACAAAAGGUAAUGUUACAAUUAAGCUGUGGGAUCUUGGAGGUCAACCCAGAUUUAGGAGCAUGUGGGAGCGAUAUUGUAGGGCUGUUUCUGCUAUUGUUUAUGUGGUGGAUGCAGCUGAUCAUGAGAACCUUAAUAUCUCAAAAAGUGAACUCCAUGAUCUUCUGAGCAAACCUUCUCUUAGUGGUAUUCCAUUGCUGGUCCUCGGCAACAAGAAUGACAAACAAGGGUCCCUCUCGAAAGAAUCGUUGACCGAACAGAUGGGGCUGAAGGAAAUUAGUGACAGAGAGGUUUGCUGCUUUAUGAUCUCAUGCAAAUACUCAACCAACAUUGAUUCAGUUAUUGAUUGGCUUGUCAAGCAUUCCAAAUCAAAGAGCUAGUUAAUUAUUGAUCGACAUUUCUGUGGAUAUAUAUAUAUAUAUAUAUAUUUAUUUAUAUAUAUGUAUAUUGGAGAUUUCUGAUUUACUAAGAUAU